AUGGUUAUAGUAGGGGAGUUUGUAGGUGGCGCUGCUCUUGGAGCAGCAAUUGGGGUGUUGUUUGAUGCUGUUAAUAAAGCAGUAGACAAGUCUACUGCCUUCAAAUCCCUACUUGAGAACAUUAAGUUUUCUCUGGAAAUUCUAAAGCCGGUGAUCGAAAAGAUAGGAGAUCAUAAUCUAGAAUUGGGACUCCCAGAUGAAGAAAUAGAGUAUAUUUUAACAGAAAUGAUGGUGGGCGCGAAGCUUGUUCAGAGGGCUUCAAAGGUCAGUAAGUGGAACUGCAUAAAGUCUUAUUACACGGAUCAACUUAUUGAAUUGGAUGCUUCUGUUGAAAGACUGCUCCAUAUAUUGAUCAUACAAGGAGUAAAGGAUGCGAAGGAGAUCUUGAUAUUGGCAAGAAAACACCAAGACCAACUUAUUACAACAGCGAAAGACGCAAAGGAGACACUUGUUAUGGCACAACAGAACACUAGCCAGCUUACUGAAUCGGUAAAGGAUGGAAAGAAGACCUUAGAAUUGGCAACAAAGUACGCUGAACAAUCAGCAAGAGAUCGCAAGGAGACCUUGGUUUUGGCUAGGAAAAUCAAAAGGUUGCUUAAACGAAUGGUGUCUUGUACUAACAAAGGAAAAACCAGAUACAGCAGGAACAAAAUUCCAAAAGCGAGCAGAAGGUCAGGUAUAGAGACAUCCGAUUUGAGAGUUUUCUGGCUUGCAGAGUUGCAGGCUGCUACUGAGAAUUUCAGAGGCAAAACGUUUGGUGGGAUCAAUGGGAUGACGUAUGAGGGUUGGUUGCAUGAGAAGACACUUUCACCGUCUAAGUAUGGCACCGGAAUGAUGGUGGUUAUCCAGAGAUAUCCGAAGAGUUCAACAAGAGAGUGGACGGUGCCGUCAUUGCCAUAUGUGAUUGUUAUGCUAUCAUCAGUAUCAUGCGAACUUCCUAGUAUGUCUCUCUCUCAUCCCAACUUUGUCAAGCUAUUAGGCUACUGCUGCAAGGAGAGGGAGAUGUGGUUGGUUUAUGAGUUUGUGCAGCGAGGAAGCUUGCAUGAUAAUCUUUUUGAAAGGAAAACUGACAAGGAAACACUAUCUUGGGACAACAGACUCAAAAUAGCCAUUGGAGCUGCCCAGGGAUUAACUUUUUUGCACAGUAUACAAAUCAUACACAGAAAUUUCAAACCCUCAAAGAUAUUGCUUGAUAAGGAUUAUAAUACAAAAUUAUCAGAUUUUACCUCGGCAAUAAGAUUGGAGUCAGCUGAUGAAGUCUCAUAG